AGGAAGCUCAACAAAAUGGUGCGGCGCCUCGUGCCAGACUGUGACGUGCGCUUCUUGCAGUCGCAGCACGGCAGCGGGAAAGGCGCGGCCAUGGUGACGGCGGUGGCCUACCGACUCGCMACCCAGCACGCCGAGCGGCAGCGCGUCCUYGACACCCUGCGGCUGAGCCGCGAGCAGCUGCUGGAGGUGAAGCGGAGGCUGACGGAGGAAAUGGCACGGGGUCUGUCCAAGCAGACGCACAACCAGACCAGCGUCAAGAUGCUGCCGACGUACGUCAGGUCCACCCCAGACGGAACAGAACAAGGAGAUUUCUUGGCUUUGGAUCUUGGCGGGUCCAGUUUCCGUGUUCUUCUCGUUCGGCUGAAAAAUGAGAAGAAGCAGAAAGUGGAUAUGCACCAGAAGAUCUACAGUAUYGAUCAGGACACGCUGCAGGGCACGGGRGAGGAGGUAUUAUGUGGUGUGGGAAUAAAACAGCUGAAAAUCAUUUUAGGUUUUUGUUUUUUCAAGUUUCAGUGCAAACUGAAAAAACUACAAUAACACAAAUCCUCUUUUUAUGUUUUUUGUGGGUUUUCAUGUGAAUAAAUAUCUAAUUCGCCUAAUUAGAUAUUAGGCAAAUAUCUAAAAACAUGACAACUUGAAAACCUCCAAAAAUACGAACUUCCUAUUUUAAUAGUUCAAACACCAAAAAUGCCCCAAUAUACAUUGAUACAAAGGAAAUACAAACUAUCUGAAACAUAUCUACAGCAGGGGUGUCCAUAUKUUUUGUUACAUGGGACAAACUAAGAAAAUUAAAAUCAAGCAAAUAAAGUCAUCAAAUUUAUUUAUAUUUCUACAAAAUGGAUUCUAUUCAUCACAGAUCCAAAAUGUUAAAAUAAUUUUGCACGUUCGCUGUCGGAGUCUCAUUUUCAGUUUCUUUUGGACUCGAUUGAACAGAUUUAUUCUAAAACCAUGACCUGGUUUUAGAAUAAAUCUAAUUAAAUCUCAGUUGGGUUCAGUAAAGACGUCUUUUCAGUA